AUGGCGUCCACCGAAUCCUCCUCCGUCGUAUCCGACGCCCUAAACGACUUCUUCGGCCAACUCUACACCUUCCUCGAAACACUCUUCAAACGCUUCUUCAGGAAUUUCUACACAUCAAUCGUCGAAGUCAGCGCCAAGCGUUGGACGAAAGUCAUCGUCUCCGUCGUCGUUUACGUCCUCAUCCGUCCUUACAUCGAAGCCUGGUUCCGCAAGAUGCACGAAAAGGACCGCAAGAAGCAAUUGGAGAAGGAGAAGGCAGAGCGAGAAGCCACGAGAAAGAACAAGGCCAAGAUGUCUGCUAAUGCGCUGCGUGGUGGCGCCACCGAUGGCGGCAAAGUGCUAGGCGAGGUUGAGAAUACUGACGAUGAGAUCGAGACCGGCGACUUUGCUACCGCCAGUGGUGUGCCCGAGUGGGGGAAGAACGCAAGGAAACGCCAGAAGAAGUUUAUGAAGGAUCUGCAACGGGAAGCGGAGCAACGGACGGAGAAGUUGUCUGAUGAGCAGGUCAUGGAAUUGCUUGAUUGGAGUGAAUCGGAGGAUGAGAGGAAACAGGAAGAGAAGGAGUGA